AUGGUUGAACUCUCCAAGGAAAAAGUCGCGAAACUACAAAAGUACUCUGCAUGCGAUUUCCUUUCCCGCCUCCCAUGGCCGGUAUCCCCUGAGACACCCGCCAGCAUCAUCGCCCCCAUCUCCACUGUCCAAUUCAUCUCCAAAAGCGAUGCCCUUCCCCAGAUCGCCCAGGAUGACCCGGAGCAUCACGGAUUCCCGGAAGGCACGCAUUGGGUUGACCACACCCAGCGCGACACCAUCGUGCUCCUCGAUCAACCAGAAGAUCAAAAGUGUGCCAUUCUAGGCGGAAUCAUGUCCGCGAGGAUGAGCGCCAUUGGUGCCAAAGCGGCGCUUGUAAACGGUAGGGUGAGAGACAUGGCUGAAUUGCGCGCGGUUGGGUUACCGGUACGUAUAACCAUUCGGGUAAAGGAAUGA